GACUCUCGUAUGAGGGUAGAAGCUGUGCAUUUGCCAGGGAUUUGACCCCACCUUCAAGCUCCGCUCAGUCCGCGCAUGCGCAACGGCGGCUCCGGUCUCCUCGCCGGGUUGGGCCAAACUCGGAGGGCGGAGUGCGGGCCACGUGGGGUCCCGUGACGUCAUCUCCGGGCGCCGGGGGUGACUGGACUUGCGGUGGGCUUCCAGGGCUGCGCGACGCUGCAGGUUGUAUUCUCUGGAUCCUGAAGGGCGGAAGUGCAGCCGGGCUAGGCUCCGACCUCCGCGCGGUGCUUUCUGCGGCUGCGCGUAGUCUCCGCACUCCUGGCUCUCGAGCCUCUGCGGGACUGUGUGUCAAGCCCCCUGCGCCGCCGCUCCGCCAGAGCCUGGGACCCGGGCGUCUUCACCGGUGCGGGAAGCCGGAGGAGGAGCCAGCGCUUCUGGUAGGUUUGGCUUUGGUUGAAAAAAGAGUUUAGCCUAUAUGUACUGCUUUAACCACUGGAAGAAUGACAGAUGACAAAGAUGUGCUUCGAGAUGUGUGGUUUGGACGAAUUCCAACUUGCUUCACUCUGUAUCAGGAUGAGAUAACUGAACGGGAGGCAGAACCAUAUUAUUUGCUUUUGCCAAGAGUAAGUUAUUUGACGUUGGUAACUGACAAAGUGAAAAAGCACUUUCAGAAGGUUAUGAGACAAGAAGACAUUAGUGAGAUAUGGUUUGAAUAUGAAGGCACACCACUGAAAUGGCAUUAUCCAAUUGGUUUGCUAUUUGAUCUUCUUGCAUCAAGUUCAGCUCUUCCUUGGAACAUCACAGUACAUUUUAAGAGUUUCCCAGAAAAGGACCUUCUGCACUGUCCAUCUAAGGAUGCAGUUGAAGCUCAUUUUAUGUCUUGUGUGAAAGAAGCUGAUGCUUUAAAGCAUAAAAGUCAAGUAAUCAAUGAAAUGCAGAAAAAAGAUCACAAGCAGCUCUGGAUGGGAUUACAAAAUGACAGAUUUGACCAAUUUUGGGCCAUCAAUCGCAAACUCAUGGAAUAUCCUGCAGAAGAAAAUGGAUUUCGUUAUAUCCCUUUUAGAAUAUAUCAGACAACAACUGAACGACCUUUCAUUCAGAAGCUUUUUCGACCUGUGGCUGCAGAUGGACAAUUGCAUACACUAGGAGAUCUCCUCAAAGAAGUUUGUCCUUCUGCAGUUGCUCCUGAAGAUGGGGAAAAAAAGAACCAAGUGAUGAUUCAUGGAAUUGAGCCAAUGUUGGAAACACCUCUGCAGUGGCUGAGUGAACAUCUGAGCUACCCAGAUAAUUUUCUUCAUAUUAGUAUCAUCCCGCAACCAACAGAUUGAAGGAUCAACUAUUUGCCUGAGCGGAAUCACCCUGAAACAGGAUUUGCCAGAGCAUGUCACCUUUCUGCUUCAAUCAGGUUUGGUGGAGGCAGCCUGACCAGAAACACUACUACAAGCCAAACAGGAAAAAGAUUCCAUGUCAGAUAAGGGCACUUGGGCUGGUCUUAUUUUGCAUCACCAUUGCUUUCCUCCACUGCCGUCAUUAAACCUCAGCUGCGACAUGAAAGACUUUACAAGACCACUGCAAGUCUUCUGUUUUCUUGUAAAAUAUAAUGAAGCCGAAACCUUCGGCCUAAGAAGAAAAUGGAAAUAUGUGCCAUUCGAUUCAUAUUUCUGAUUAACAAAUAAACAGGGGUAUUUCCUAAGGUGACCAUGGUUGAACUUUAGCUUGAGGGAGUGGAAACAUUGGUUUAAUUUUCAAGAGAAUUAGACUCAAGAAAGUAAAAGAGAAAUUCUGUUAUCAAUAACUUGCAGUAAUUUUUUGUAAAAGAUCAAAUUACAGUAAACCCAUCUUUCCUUAAUGAAAAUUUCCUAUGUUUACAGUCUGUCUAUUGGUAUGCAAACAAUCUUGUAACUUUGAUAAUGAACAGCAAGAGAUUUUUAAAUAAAGCAUCUAAAUAUGUUUUGUCAUUUAAUAACAUACCAUUUUGUCACUUUUCCAGCACUUUCUGACUCACAUACAGUAGAUCACUUUUUACUCUAUGUGUUACCAUUCAGACUAGUCAUCAUUGGCAUGGAGAGGAUGUAGGCCAUAGGAUAACUUGUCUCAGGAGCUGCCAUAGAAGUUCUUGUUGCAUUUUUAAAUCUAUGUUCUUUACACGUGCAAGAUAUAAAUAAUGUUAUCAUUUAUCUUUGCUGUUUUAUCACUGUAAACCUGUCAAAUCAUAGUAGGCUAAGCAUCUGUUUAAGAUAAUUUUGCAUUUUUGGAAAGACCUAUUCCUUUCCAAGCUAAUGUUUUUCAUUGGCUUCAGGUCUAAUAUUUCACUGUGGUCCCUGGCAGCCAGUCUUUGAAGUCUAAAGAUUACUAGUCUCCUGACUGCAGUAGCUUUCCCUUAACUUUACCAAAAAUAUUCAGAGGUUACUGGAGUUCUUAUUCAAUAUAAGGAAAUUUUUGCUGCACUUUAUUGCCACGCUGCUGGGAUUCUACCAGCUGAACAUACUUGUGCAUUAUACUUUGUUUCUUGUGAGCCAGCUUGCUGUCCAUAUUGAAUGUCGACCCAUUUGAGUUUGCUAAAAGACAUAAGGUCAUGCAAUAGUGGUUUUAGAUUCCAUAAUAAAAGUGCUUUUCUUAUAAAAAAUUGUAUGAACGUUGAAGUGAGAGCCUGCUAGUGCUCACUGCUUCCUUUUUCUUUUUGUGAUUUUCACUGAUUAAUAGCAGAUUUAUUCACAGAAUGAGAUAAAGUUAGUCAAAGGUCAAAUAUGCUGGAGUGGAAUGUAUAAUGCUCAAUCAAAAAGAAAAACGUAGGGUACCAAUGUGAUCGGAGAAAAACAGAAGCAAGUGGCAAAUAAUUAGCUAAUGUCAAUAAAAUGAAAAGUACCAUUUUAGUAAAGGAAGAAAAAAUAGCAAUAUUUGAGUUACUUAAAGACAAAAAACCCACUGACUUGUAUUUUUUCAAAAGAGGUUGAUCUGAAUAUGAUUGUUCACAUUAAAAGUGUUUAUUCGUCUAUUCAGUUUGGGGGUUUUCCCCCUUGAUGUUUUGACAGACUGAAGUGAGCUUCAGCGAGCAAAAGGAUCAAAAUGCCAGGGAGUGCUAAGCGGUGAAGAAGAAAGUGUGGUGAGAACGGUAAGCCGUAGUAGCUUUCCGCAGACAGGACCAGUGUAAAGUCUCUGCAGUGGGCUCAAGGGAGCGCUGGUCUUUACUUCCAGAUUUGAAAGUAAAUUUUAUCAAGCCAUUGCCCACUUUUACUCACUUGUUCGUUAUUACACCAGCAUCAUAACUGUAUUACUCCACUGUAGUCCCAGGUAAGUCAAGCCUCCGAUACCCAGAGGAAGAAUAAAAACAGAGAUUAGUGCUGGCUUAAAUAUCUAUUUUUGUUUCUUUUUAUUUGAAUAUUUAAAUUUUAUGGUUUAUUAAAAAAUUAA